UUUUUUGUCUCGGCCCUUUACAAUUCACACCAUCAGCAAAUCGAGACCUAUCGCAACACCAUCGAUGACGCAAUUAUUAAGAUCGAGCGACAAACGGGCUUCGGGGUCCCCGCAAAUCUGACGGUCCGUCGUGCGAGCUUAGACGAAGAACCCCUCCAUUUUAUCUCUAAGGGAACAAUUCAGCAGCUAAGUUACUGCCAAUCCGAUGUGGCAAUUAUUAAACACGUCGCACGUUGCUGUUUGGAAUGCGGAGAUUGGCUCGUACAGCUAAUUGACGAGAAGCUUCUGAGCGAGGAUGGAAGAGAUCUAAGCGCGGACCAAGGUCUUCAAUUAUUGAAGAGCCUGAGGAUGGUGCGGUUGAUGAAUCGCGAUGACGUGGAGUAUGUGCGGAGGCGGAGUAAGAUGUUGUUAUCGCAAAUACAGCAAAUAGGGGAGAGAGCGCAAAGCCAGACUAAUUUUCUGAUGGCGACUCUUUCUCAAAGCGAUACUGAGUACACUGCUUCAAUCGCGAUAGACCGGAAGAGGGACAAUAACGCGAUGAGAGCCAUUGCAAUCCUCAGUCUCAUAUACGUGCCAGGCACAUAUGCGGCUACGCUGCUCAGCAUGGACGUGUUUAUUUGGCGCGAUUCAGACGGCACACUCAAGUUAUCGACAAGUAUUUGGAUAUACUGGGCGAUUGCGUUGCCGUUGACAAUCGCAACUUUCGUGUGCAUUGCAAGGUUCACAGAGAAGACAAGAAGAGUGAGAAGCGAUUAAUACUAAGCCUAUUUUCGAACCCGAAGGCACUUUUAGGACUCAUAGCAUCAUAGACCGAGUUAGGGGUUCAGGAAAUCUGGCAUUCUGGCAUCAAUGGGAGCCCUCGGCCUGAGAUAUUGAGAGGGUGAAUUCCUAUUGUUCUCAUGGCGACGGGGACUAAUGUGUAUAUAAUUCAUAGAUAAGGGAACUCAUCAGCCCUAAUAGCUUCUGCCCUUCGAGCAAUGUUCUCGUUAAUGACUGAGUCCCGCCUAUCUACGGUUCCGAGCCCUAAUAUAAAAUAAUGUUGUC